GAGUCCGCGGUGGAGUACGCACGCAAGAUUUUUCUCCGCUCACCACGAUGCGAAUACCGCGCAGCUGCAGAGACGGGCGAACGGCUCUUUGAUAGAUUCUCGUGCGAUUUAAAUUUUCCCGCGCGAAGCCUCGCCUCGCACAACCGUUGAGCGUUUGAAUAUUUUCGAAUUAUUCAACGUCGGUGUUUCGGGGAAGCGUAAUUCUACCGGUGUUUUCGGAUUCAAAGAGAACGUUUUUUCUACGUUACCGCGGAGAUCUCCGUUUUCUUAAACGACGCUUAUGACAAAACCUUGAUAAUCGGUAACUCGGUGAUGGUUUAACAUUUGUGACAGUGUCCGAGGAAAACAAUGUGAUAGCGAACACUAGAAGUAUAUAAUCCAAGGCUAUGUUUCGCGGGGCGGGAAGGCUGCGUACAGCCCUGGUUUCUCUGAUCCUGUUGGCCGUCUGUACCACAAGUACCUCCGCUGUGAUGCGCUGCGAGGAUGCGAGGCUUCGGUGCGCCUACAGAGCCGGGUGCGGGAUGGCCCUCCAGCAUUACGUGACCAGAUGUUCCUCCGUCUUGGGAGGCGCCGGCGGUGGCUGCCCCGAGACAUGUCUUCACGCCCUGAUCGCCCUGACCAGUACCGAUGAGGGCAAAGAAUUGAUGACUUGCAACUGUGCCCGGGACGAUCGUCUCUGCGAACAGUCCAAGCAGAGGGUCGAGGUAUGCAGGCCGUCCGUGAUGAUAGAGAUGAACAACACAAGGGUGUCCUGCAGGAUCGCUACCUCGAUAUGCAAUGCCGAUACUCUCUGUGCAAAGGCUCUGGAGUACUACAAUGGCUUCUGCGGAAGCAUGUUUCGCGGGAAGAAAUGCACUAAAAGGUGUCGUAAUUCGAUCAACAUCCUGAGGCGCCAGGACAAGGCCGCAAAGCUAAUUACGUGUGUCUGCGACGGGGCUGAAGACUACGACUGUACAGGUAUCCAUCGGAAUAUGAACUGGCUAUGCUUCGGAAAAAUUCACCACGAUUAUCACGACACGAAGAAGAUUUUGGGUGAUACACGAUCCAACGAGAUCCUCAGGACCGACGCCCACAGUCGCGGCGCCGGCGUCGCAACGUCCGUCGGCCAAACAUCGACGGCUUUGGUGCCAAUCUUCCUGCUAGCUCUGCUAGUCAGAUAAUAAGACGAUCAAGGAGAAGGAAGCACAACGAGUUCUCAAACAGUAUUCCGUGAGUGAAGACCAAAGACUCGAAAGAUUACCAGUUAUAUAGUGCGUUUAGCAAGUAGGCGGGGCGGGAGAACCAAUUUAACUUUACCGCCACGUGUUGGACGACGAAUAGUAUACGAUGUAACUACCAAUUGAUUACGAUUACACGCGCAAGAGGGUAGAAGAAAGUAAAUGAAAAAAUGUCAUCGUCUACAGAAGGAGAAGAGAAAGAGAAAUUCUUGAGCAGGAUCGAAGCAAGGUUCAUAUUUCGCAACUGCGUCAGAAUUUUUCUAUCGUAUGUAUACUG